AUGUCUCAAGAUCACGUGAUUAAAACCGGAACGGUCAGCAUAUAUAUUAACGCAAGUGGUAUCAACGUUGUCCCGAAUACGGACACUGCCCCAGACGUGGCAUCCAUUACAAUUGAUCAGCCUUUACGGGGUGAACAAGCCGAACAAGAACCUUCUUUAUCAUCCAUUACAAAUCUUUCCCCAUCCAAUCCCCCAACACAAACUAUCGCAGAGAAUAUUGAUCUAUCUGAUCUUCUUAAACAACUUGAAGAAAUCAAACUCCGCACAGAUGACAUUGUUAAGGAGAAAACGGAACUCUGCAAACAGUUGGGGAUAUCAAUUUAA